UUGAUGAUAAUAAUAAUAAUCACAAUUGUGGGCAAUUUUUUAACACACAAAACAAGUUAUGAAACAAUUAAUUCAAUAAAUAAUUAAAAACAAUUAAAAUGUUUGCAAGAACAAUUGGAUCAUUUUUACGUGCUGGAAUUGUUGCUAGUACAAAAUGCACAGUAAAGCCAUGUUUACUAAAAAAUAUUGAAAUAAAAAGUGGUAGUCUUGUCAGUCAAUUUAAUGGAAGUGUCAACAAGCCAAGAUGUCUAAGUACCUUGAUGUCAUCAUCACUUGUUAAUGGACAGCCAUCAUUGUUCAACAAAACUAAUUCUUUAACAAAUUUAUCAGUAAAUAGUUUGGCUGGAAAUGUACCAACAAGAACACUCACAAAAUAUUCAAGAACAAGGGGUAAACGAAAGGUUGUUCAAACAGUUUUAAAACGUUUCUACAGAUUAAAUUGGGGUAUAUGGAUAAGAACUAAAACUGGUAGACACAAAAGACUUUGGACAAAACGUUCAUCAUGUAGACGUCGUUUGAGAAUGCAUGUGUUUACUAAUUCAACACAAUCAUGGAUGCUUGACAAAAUGGUAUCACCAUACUGGAGAGCACCAAAGUACUGGGUCGAUGAUCCAUACAAUCCAUAUCAUGAACGUGAAGAAUAUUGGGUAACAAGAAAAGCACCACAACCAUAAAUUAAAAUAAAUAUCAAUUUGUUAAUCAGCCAAUUUAAUAAUUAAAAAAAAAACAUUAAACAUUCAUCAAAUAG